AUGGCCCUUUCGGCCCUGAAGCGCUGGCCCGUGGCGCGGUCCAUCAAAAAGCCCAAGCGGCCAACGCGGCUGGAUCCACCAUACCUGGAUGAUCCCACCUUUGUCCAUCCGGACAAGCAGAACCAGGGCGAACGCGAGUGGCUCAUGAAGCACAACGGUGGCAACGCCAAGGAGCUUCCAGGGCUGCCGGAUGAGUAUGAAUGGAUCAAGGACGUGGCGGAGAAGAACGAGAACGCCUGGAUCGCCGUGAAGAAACGGAUGUCCAAGGUCACCUUUGACGCCAUCAAACGCGCCACGGCAGAGUUGCAAGAUGCUUUAUACACCCGGCAACCUGAAGUGAUCCGACAGCAGAUGGAAGUGGCUAAAGAUCAGAACAAGGUGGGUGAAGGUCCAAGUAGCAAGGCCAUUUUGCAAGCAGAGGACUAUGCCAAAAAGCUGGAAGACUAUGCGAAGGAGCAAGAGGCACAACGUGAGCACGAGGAGGAGGAGCUUCGACAGGAAGCGGCCGAAUUGGACUUGACGGAGGCUUUAGUUCCCUCACGAGCUGGAAGGAGCCAAGCUGGCUUCGCCUCAAGUCAUCCCCUGCAGCGCUCACGAAAACGGCUCUUUGUGAAGAUCCUCCUGCGGCGCGCGCGUGCGUACGAACUGCUGGGGCAACGCGACGCGAGUCUGGAGGAUCUGAGAGCCGUCCUCAAGGUGGAACCGGAGAAUCGGGAAGCCCAGCAACGUUGCGCCAUGCUUCAGCAACAACUCAACCCGCAAGAGGAUGUAACUGAGACAGAUCCAGCCCUGUCCACCUCGCCGGAAGAGACCAUGGGACCAGAAGGACCAGAGGGACCAGAGGGACCGGAGCCAUUGACAGGCCAGGGCCCUUCGGGCCCUUCGGGAACAGAGCUGGAAGACGAAGAUGAAGGCGUGGACCAUGCCUCCACCACCCAGCUGAUCUCUUCGGCGGCCGAGUACAUACAGCGGGGAGACUAUGCGUCUGCUUUGCAGAUUUAUAGCUACGCCUGUAGGACGUGUCGCUCCUGGGAGUCGCCAGUGGUCGAGUUGAAGGUCUUGAGUAACACUUCACUAUGCCUCCAAAAUCUUCGCGGGCGCUUACCCGAGCUGGUGCAGGCGUGCAAUGACACCCUGCGGCGUAUCAGGGAGAUACGAGAAGAUGGAUGGCAGGACGAGCUGUUCCUGCUGCGGAUUGAGGCAGCAUGCUUGUCACGCCGGGGCAGUGCCUACGAACAGCAGCGGAAGAAGGAAGAAAGCGCUGAGGAUGCCGCCCGCGUCAAAGAGUUGCUGGGGAAAAUUGCGGAGGUGGAGGCAGUGCCGUAGAUGGCGCGUCGCGUCGUGCGCGGCAUGCGCGGCAUGCGCGGCGCCUGACCCUUCCCAAAACGGGGGGGUUUGGCCGGUGCUGGCGUGCGCAACAGCUACAUCACACCUCUGAGAUCGACUUUGGC